GCCGGAAGUGACGCUGCCCUCGCCCGGAAGUGGCACGUCUCAAGCGGCCGAGCGAUUCCUUAAUUAGCGUCAGACGGGACUCGAGGUGCAAAAUGUCCAAAGUGGACAUGCUGCGGCUGCUCAUCAACCAGCGCAUGGCCGAGGUGGCGGAGGAGAUCCUGGCCGUGUUCGGCAGCACCAUCGCCGGCCUGGAGCGGGAACUGUGCCGCUCCAGGCGGGAGAUCCAGCGGCAGCGGCGGCUUCUGCAAGUCUCCUUCAGCGCAGCGCCCAGCGAGCCGCAUGAUUGGACGGUGGAUCUGAACCUGGAAGACCACACCCCCCUGACCGUCAAAGAGGAGGAGCCCCAGCAGGAAGACACUCCUCCUGGUUCUGAGCCCGAAGUCUCCGUAUUCCUGAGUGGCGACCUGGAGGCUUGGCCCGACGACGUCCUCCACAGCGCAGAGGACUUCGACCCAGACCCCCAGCCGGGGACGUCCACGCAGACGGACCGCGCACGCGCCGGACCACGCAGGAGGCGAAAACCCCGCUCCAAGCCCAUGCGGAACCACGGCGGAAAGGACAAAGCGGACAAGUCGUACACGUGCGGCAUCUGCGGCAAGAGACUGACCCGCUUCGACGGCUACCAGAAACACCUGCGCGUGCACACCGGCGAAAAACCGUACGGCUGCGACGACUGCGGCCGGCGCUUCAGCGACUACUCCAACUACAGGCGUCACAGGCGAAAACACGAGAGUCAGACGCCACAAAAUGCCGUCCUCACACACGGGCGCCACAACAAGUGACCACCAGAUGGGGGUGGUUCCUCACCCUGCUACCUCAGGCCUCAGGGACCACACCCGGUCCAGAAGCCAGGAACCCCAAAUCUGCCCCGCACCCGUCUGGAUGCCUGGAACCCCAAAUCUGCCCCGCACCCGGUCCGGAAGCCAGGAACCCCAAUUCUGCCCCGCACCCGUCUGGAUGCCUGGAACCCCAAUUCUGCCCCGCACCCGUCUGGAUGCCUGGAACCCCAAAUCCGCCCCGCACCCGGUCCGGAAGCCAGGAACCCCAAUUCUGCCCCGCACCCGUCUGGAUGCCUGGAACCUCAAAUCUGCCCCGCACCCGGUCCGGAAGCCUGGAACCCCAAUUCCGCCCCGCACCUGUCUGGAUGCCUGGAACCCCAAUUCUGCCCCGCACACGUCUGGAUGCCUGGAACCUCAAAUCUGCCCCGCACCCGGUCUGGAAGCCUGGAACCCCAAUUCUGCCCCGCACCCUGUCCGGAUGCCUGGAACCCCAAUUCUGCCCCGCACCUGUCUGGAUGCCUGGAACCUUAAAUCUGCCCCGCACCCGGUCUGGAAGCCUGGAACCCCAAUUCUGCCCGGCACCCGUCUGGAUGCCUGGAACCUCAAAUCUGCCCCGCACCCGGUCCGGAUGCCAGGAACCCCAAAUCUGCCUGCACACCAAAAUACUCCGGCGUGUGCAACCUUCCCGCAAUUUGCGGUGGAACCCCGCCUCGCGCCACGCCCCCACUUGACCUUAUAAGGUAACGUCGCUCAGGAACCGCUCUCGGAAUCAUGGUGUGCUCGGACUGCACGAUCCGGAGACAAAACUUAGCUACCACUUUUGGGGGUUUUGUUAGUUUUUUUACGUAGUAGUCAAGUAGUCGCCACCCGGUGGACAACAAAAGUAACUCAGUUUGAAGUGUGUUUACCUGAAAAUGUGUGCACAUCAUUUACCUAUAUGACCAAAUCCAAACAACCUUCCCUAGUCAUGGCGCAGAAAAAAAAAAUCUACUGAUCUGCUCACACAUAACACAACCUGCCCACUGAACUUUGUGGAUUAUAAAAAACGUAAGAACACGAGUAACUCAGUUGGAAGUAUGUUUUUUUGAAAAUGUGUGCACGUCAUUUACCUAUAUGACCCAAUCCAAACAACCUUUCUAGUCAUGGCGCAGAGGAAAAUCCACUAAUCUGGUCAAACAACCUGCUAACUGAAUUUUUUGGAUUAUAAAAAACGUAAGAACACGAGUAACUCAGUUUGAAGUACAUUUUCUUGAAUAUGUGUGCAGAGCAUUUACCUAUACGACCCAAUCCAAACAACCUUCCCUAGUCAUGGUGCAGUGGGGGGAAAAUAACUAAUCUGGUCAGACAACCUCCCCACUGAACUUUGUGGAUUAUAAAUAACGUAACAACACGAGUAACUCAGUUCGAAGUAUGUUUUCCUUGAAAAUGUGUGCACAGCAUUUACUUAUAUGACCCAAUCCAAACAACCUUCCCUAGUCAUGGUGCAGGGGGAAAAAUUCACUAAUCUGGUCACACAACCUGCCCACUGAACUUUGUGGAUUACAAAAUUGUAACAAAGUGAGUAUCUCAGUUGGAAGUAUGUUUUCCUUGAAAAUGUGUGCACAGCAUUUACUUAUAUGACCCAAUCCAAACAACCUUCCCUAGUCAUGGUGCAGGGGGAAAAAUAAACUAAUCUGGUCACACAACCUGCCCACUGAACUUUGUGGAUUACAAAAUUGUAACAAAGUGAGUAUCUCAGUUGGAAGUAUGUUUUCCUUGAAAAUGUGUGCACAGCAUUUACUUAUAUGACCCAAUCCAAACAACCUUCCCUAGUCAUGGUGCAGGGGGAAAAAUAAACUAAUCUGGUCACACAACCUCCCCACUGAAUUUUGUGGAUUAUAAAUAAGGUAACAACACGAGUAACUCAGUUUGAAGUAUGUUUUCUUGAACAUGUGUGCACAGCAUUCACCUAUAUGACCCAAUCCAAACAACCUUCCCUAGUCAUGGCACAGAGGGAAAAAAAAUCCACUAAUCUGGUCAAACAACCUGCUAACUGAAUUUUUUGGAUUAUAAAAAACGUAAGAACACGAGUAACUCAGUUUGAAGUACAUUUUCUUGAAUAUGUGUGCAGAGCAUUUACCUAUACGACCCAAUCCAAACAACCUUCCCUAGUCAUGGUGCAGUGGGGGGAAAAUAACUAAUCUGGUCAGACAACCUCCCCACUGAACUUUGUGGAUUAUAAAUAACGUAACAACACGAGUAACUCAGUUCGAAGUAUGUUUUCCUUGAAAAUGUGUGCACAGCAUUUACUUAUAUGACCCAAUCCAAACAACCUUCCCUAGUCAUGGUGCAGGGGGAAAAAUUCACUAAUCUGGUCACACAACCUGCCCACUGAACUUUGUGGAUUACAAAAUUGUAACAAAGUGAGUAUCUCAGUUGGAAGUAUGUUUUCCUUGAAAAUGUGUGCACAGCAUUUACUUAUAUGACCCAAUCCAAACAACCUUCCCUAGUCAUGGUGCAGGGGGAAAAAUAAACUAAUCUGGUCACACAACCUGCCCACUGAACUUUGUGGAUUACAAAAUUGUAACAAAGUGAGUAUCUCAGUUGGAAGUAUGUUUUCCUUGAAAAUGUGUGCACAGCAUUUACUUAUAUGACCCAAUCCAAACAACCUUCCCUAGUCAUGGUGCAGGGGGAAAAAUAAACUAAUCUGGUCACACAACCUCCCCACUGAAUUUUGUGGAUUAUAAAUAAGGUAACAACACGAGUAACUCAGUUUGAAGUAUGUUUUCUUGAACAUGUGUGCACAGCAUUCACCUAUAUGACCCAAUCCAAACAACCUUCCCUAGUCAUGGCACAGAGGGAAAAAAAAUCUACUAAUCUGGUCACACAACCUGCUCACUGAACUUUGUUAAUUAUUAAAAAAAACGAACAUGAGUAACUCAGUUUGAAGUAUUUUUUCUUGAAAAUGUGUGCACAGCAUUCACCUAUAUGACCCAAUCCAAACAACCUUCCCUAGUCAUGGCACAGGGGAAAAAAAAAUCUACUAAUCUGGUCACACAACCUGCCCACUGAACUUUGUUAAUUAUUAAAAAAAACGAACAUGAGUAACUCAGUUUGAAGUAUUUUUUCUUGAAAAUGUGUGCACAGCAUUUACCUAUUUGACCCAAUCCAAACAACCUUCCCUAUCAUGGUGCAGUGGGGGGAAAAAUAACUUGGUCACACAUAACACAACUUGCCCACUGAACUUUGUAGAUUAUAAAAAAUGUAACAAAGUGAGUAUCUCAGUUUGAAGUAUGUUUUCUUGAAAAUGCGUGCACAGCAUUAACUUAUAUGACCCAAUCCAAACAACCUUCCCUAGUCAUGGUGCAGUGGGGGGGAAAAAUAACUAAUCUGGUCACACAACCUGCCCACUGAACUUUGUGUAUUACAAAAAUGUAACAAAGUGAGUAUCUCAGUCAGAAGUAUGUUUUCCUUGAAAAUGUGUGCACAGCAUUUACUUAUAUGACCCAAUCCAAACAACCUUCCCUAGUCAUGGUGCAGGGGGAAAAAUUCACUAAUCUGGUCACACAACCUGCCCACUGAACUUGGUGUAUUACAAAAAUGUAACAAAGUGAGUAUCUCAGUUGGAAGUAUGUUUUCUUGAAAAUGUGUGCACAGCAUUCACUUAUAUGACCCAAUCCAAACAACCUUCCCUAGUCAUGGUGCAGGGGGAAACAAAUGUACUUAUUUGGUCACACAACCUGCCCACUGAACUUUGUGGAUGAGAAAAAAAUCAUCUCUUGCGCAGCUAGUGGCUCCAUGACUUCUGUUUUGUUUGAUCAGCCGUUUUACUGCCCUGUUGGUAAAUAAGAAUAAAGUUUUGUUUGUAAGUUUG